AAAGUAAAAGAGGGUAAAAGACAGAGCGCUGGACGUCAGAUAAAUCCCCAGAAGAAGGCAGCGAGGAAGUACAGGAACACGGUCCGACCUGCUGUUGAUGAUGUGGGGAGCCACAAUGAUUUGUUUCUUCUUUGUGGCGGCACAGGUGACAUCACAAGAAAUUAAAGUCGAAUGCCGUAAACAGACAAGUAAUGUGCCACCUCCAGGAAGUGAUUUCUCUCCAUCCUCCCUGAAGGAGCUGAGAGGGGAGUUGGUGCCAGAUGGAGCAAAUUAUAUGAUAAACAUAAGCUGGGCAAUCAGUGUUGAUGCCAGUCUGAAAUAUCUGACAGACACUCGAAUAAUGAAUAUGGGUUCACCAACGUACCAUUGUCAAUACAACCCAAUUUUGGCCAAGGCAAACCUCACAGGAUCAAAGGUUUGGUUUCAUUAUUUAUUCAAUGCAAGGCAUGGCUAUAACUUCAUCCAAGUUGCCAAUCUCCCACUGCCACCGGUGAACAGCGGCAUCAAUUACAAGACGACCUCCAUCAUAGUACCUCGUUCAAAGCCGCCUACAGAUGAGCCAGAAUCAGAAUCAACGAGUGUAUUACCAGACCCACCAGCAAGCACCAACAUCCCUGGUAUUGUCAACUACACCAUCAUAUGGGGGGCCAUUAGGGGAGGAAUGGCUGGUUUGAUGAUCCUGAUUACCUGCUACAUAAUCUAUAAAUACUUUGGAGCCAACUUUGCCAACUCAUUGGUUUUCAAAAGGUUGCCCACAGCUCCCAUUGUUCCUGUCCCUGUCCUGGUGGUGUACCCUGCUGUGAAUUCAGCCUUCCAGCUGGCCGUGGUGGCCCUAGCAGAGUUCCUGCACGGGCACGGCGGCUGCAGCGUGGCUGUCGACAUGUGGCAGCAGGGGAAGAUCGCAGAGCUGGGGCCCAUGCGCUGGCUGGCAGAAAAGGUCAUGACUGCAAAGAGAGUGCUCAUCAUCUGCCCACAGCCCCAUUUACAGACCAGGGCCUCUACACCCAACGUAACCCUUCAGGAACCCUCAAUCCCAGCUGCAGCUCAGGACCUCUACCCCCUGAUUCUCAACAUGGUGGCGAGCCAUGCCAAAAGCCCCAGAGACUUGGCUAAGUUCUGGGUGGUGCAGCUGGGAAAGCAGCAGGACAAAAAGCUUGGUAAUCUUCCACUCGAACUGAGAACCUGCAAGACUUUUAGUUUGAUGAAGGACUUAAACAAGCUGUGCAGGAGGCUGCAUACCAAGAGUAAAGAUGACAAGACGAUUUCCGAUCUGAUCUUUAGACCAGGGGUUGCCUACAUUGAAAAGUGUACAGGGAAGUUAAGGGAAGCUGUGGAAAAGCUAAGUGGACAGCAGCCAAGCAUUUUCAGUGAGAAGGAACCAUUGGCAUCUGAGGAUGCUAUUGUUUGAACAUCUGCAAUAAAAUGUUGAUUGAUUUAUAGAGAGGUUGUGUCGGGAUAGGUCAUUGGUGAAAAACUGAGUAUUUUAAUUUGUUGUCAUCCUCAUCAUCAUGUAACCUCAUGAACACAAGCACAAAGAAAGAAAGGCAUUGUAGAUAACUUAUCUUCUUAUUUUGUACAAUAAACAAAACAAAAAAACA